CUUACUCUCGGUCUCACCGACGGUAUGGACGCGUCAGCUAGUCAGGCAAAUGUGGAUUUGGCUAUUCUGGAACAAGUGAAAACCUCGACCACACGAUCUGUGCAUUUGAUGGACGAAUUGAAAAGCCUCAAGUUGAAGUUGUACGCACUGGAAGAUGAAUUGCGUCGAAUCUGA